AUGUACAGUACUAUAGGAAGUUUUUAUUACAGGCCAAUGGACCAAAUUCUUCACCGAUUAACUGAUUACCCACAGCAAUCACAGCCGCCACAACAUAUGCACCUUGCCAUCAUUCGUGAAACUGGUAUUUCUGGACGCCAGACUCAUUACAGGUAUUUCAGCUACCGAUGGCAUCAAGAAUUGGUAGCCGAAGGUGUAGCAGUGCAGCCAUGGGGGCCCGCGAUCAAGAAGAAGGGUUCGAAGCAAGUUUCUCACGGGGCUAUAACCCAUGUCACGGAGACACCUCUAUCCCUUGACAAAUACGGGUUUCCAGCUCCUAAUACUUCUAGAUUUCUGAAGAGCGAUGGCUCUGCUACCCUCGCCGAAAGUCAAUGGGAGGGGAAGAAGAAUGAGCGGCUUGAUUCCCUCAAAGCCCAGUUUAGAGUUCUCCGGAAUAAAGUAGGCGAAGAGCAAUUGGAUUGGAAGAAUUCUUCACCUCGAGGUGGGAGACCCCGGAAGUAUGAGAAGGGGAAAGAGCCAUACCUGGCAGCUAAGAGACGCGCAGAGGCCAGACGAAUUAUCGCCGAGAGGGCUACUGGCUCAGCUGAACCAGGUGGUGCAGACCCAGACGGGAUGACGCGAGGAAGGUCGCUUUCAAAUGAAACUGAGGGUGGUACUUUAGACGGGGAACCUCCUCCAAAGAAAGCUAGGAUCGAAGAGCUUUUAAACCAGGAGGACCCGGAGCCAUUAUCACCUCCAAAACGACGUGGGCGACCGCCUGGUGUUAAGAAUGGCGAGGGUAAAAAAAGACAGGCAGCCAAAAAGCGAGAGAAGAGGCCCAAAGUAAUCCCGAAGAGGUCUACGGGGGGGUCGCAGAAAGCCCAGGAGCCUAAAGAACAACAGAAACCACAGUUUGGCCUCAUUGGUGCUGAGCCUGAGCGAAAUCUUCAAGAAAAUCUCGGAUCUCUAGGAAAACGCAAGGCCCAAGCCGCAGGUGGGAAAACGGGACGGGCAAAGCGUAGAAAAGAAACCCGCCAAGCAAGUCCUCCAGAAGAUGACGGAGUGAUAAUAUAUGAUUCCAUCGUUGUCAGACCAAGUACCGAGCUCGCACCAGACACCCAAGUGAUUGAUAGUGCGGAACCAGCACUCGCAGGGCCUGCACCAGGGGAUAUUGAGCAGUCAGUUGGCCACCCUUCAAAAGAACCAGCUAGGGUGGUUGAUGGUGUACAGCUAGAAAUCGAGCAUCUCGAUGUCGAAGGCAAUGAAUCCUAUGGUUCAAUUGGAGGGAUGCUUGCUAUAUCUCGUCAGCAGGUUGUUCUUGACCUUCUCAAGGAAAAUAACGGAGUAUUUCCUAGCGGGAACGAACUGCGCCACGCGUAUAGCAAGCGAUACCAAAAGAGCAAUCCUAAGGCGGGGGUUUGCGAUCGACGGUUGAUUCGGGGCAUCGUCCAGUCUCUCCAACGCAGGAAAAUGGCGUAUCAAAUCACAUUCGACUUCACCAGCUCGCGGAGUAUCCUUAUCACUAAAAAGUUGUUAGUCGACUCUCGCUUGACCCCGGAUUCACCACUCGUGGAUGAUAUGGUUAGGGAAAUGAUAGCAGCAGACGGAAACCUUUGGUUCCCUCCGAACACUGAAUUGCAUGAGGAUAUUCAAGAGCGAUUUGUGCAACCUCCUAGCUGGUCGUUGUCAAAGCCUAGAAAAUCCGAGGAAGUGGAAUUCGACCGAGUUUACCCAACCUCAGUCUCGGAACUAAAACAGAAGCGCGAGGCACGAGCGAUAGAACGUGCUGCGAAUAAGGCUGCAAAGUUAAGUGUUAUUGCCCGACCCCGUGGCCGCCCACGCACGUAUCCCGUGGAUGAAGUGUUUAAUCACCGGGCGGGUGGAAAGUUUACAGAUCAGCAGAGGGAAGAGGCAGCGAUUCGGCGUCGGGCAGAGCUUAAAGCCGAGAAAGAACUGAUGAGAUUGAAUCACAAAUAUCGGACUAAGGCCACCAAUAUCGACCUUUUUGAUCAAUCUCCAACAGUCGAUGGCCUACCGAGGAGGGUUUGGUGGAAUGAAUUUGUUGAGAGAGAUUUGAACGAGCCGAGAGAAACUGAUCCUUUUUUGCAGCAGAUAAAUGAGAUUGAGAAGUGGGAGAAGGCAGUUGGACCUGAGGGACUUCGCAUGAUGGCUAGGAAAGCAGGUGGCAUGGUCAUGGUUAAUCUGUUUGCGCCUCCUGUUGAGAAGGGCGAUAAUUUUACACAGGCACCGGUAGCAAAUAUGGAUAAUCGUAUUACAGCUCCGGAUUUCAGUGCGCCGCUACCUUCUGGGCCGAAGAAGCGUGGCCCCAAACCAAGGCCUAAGAAGAUCCGGAACGAUCCAGUUAAGGCACGUACUAUAGAUGUGUUGAUAGGAGAGCAGCCUGCGAAGAGGAAACGUAGGCGCCCGGGGACAUACGAAAAACCGUUAACCAGGCGUGAUAGAGCAAUGGCAGCCAUCCGCGAUAACCAAUUGAAGCCAUCUGAUACGGAGCUUUUAACAGAGCUUCCGCCUAGGAGAUUCCAGUUCAGGAAUCAGUAUAUCAUACCCAAGGAAGACGAAGAUACUCUCCUGAUCGCUGUGAUUAUCGUCAGAACGAUAUUCGGUGGUUGGGAUAGGAAGAUCCAUUGGGGUCUUCUCACAAAAGCCCUCCCUCAGCAUUCCGUGAUCACCUUACAGCGGCGUUGGCCCCGUGUCCGUGACACUCACAAAGCGCAUAUGAAAAAGCUUCAAGCUGAGUUUGAGGAUAUGUUUCUUGAGGCUUACGAAAGUGGAGAAGUGCCGGCUUUUGAUUUGGACGAUCCUUCGUCGUUCGACUUGAUGUUUCAUGUGAAUUGGUUUCGUGAGAAUCUUGAGUUACCUGUGUGA